AGUUUCAGUCAAACUUUUGUUGGUUGUGAGUUAACAGCUCAUUUCCUACAGGCAUUCCGUGCGCGUACCCAAGAUCGUCACCAUGAAAACUGAAUAAAAUAUUGUAUUUUUAUACGUUUAUAAAAAAUGAUAAGAUGCCGAAUACAAGAAAAUUGUCCGCAUUUCGUCAGCUUUCACUUUCAUGUGAAACCCCAACGCAUGAAAACCGAAGAAAAUCCUUGAAGAAACAAUUUUCCGAGGACAUACCUGAUGUGAAAAAUGCAUGGCUGGAUUCAGGAAUGUGUAUUAAGAUGGACCUUAAUUCUAAAGGUAAAAAAUUAUUAGAUAAACCACCACCUGUUAAAAUAGCAUGGGAAGAACACACGAAAAAUUUUAAGACCGAAGAUGCAGUCAUAGUGAAGAAAUGCACGGAAGUUAAGAGACCUGCAACUAGUAAAUUAGUGAAACAUAGUUCCUUAGAAAACGAUUCCAUUUUAUAUACAAAGUCAAAACUGACGGAUAUUUUGCCAACUGCACCACAAGAACCUGAAAAACCCAAUAUUAACAUAUUUUUAGCCUACAAUUCUAAAGAAACAAAUGCAUCAAAUGUAAGCAAACCUGUAACUGAUGAACAGGAUUAUUAUAACCACCAACCAAAAAUUAUGUCCCCGUUGUUCUGCGGAGACAACAAGAAAGUAAUUCAAAUACGUAAAAAUCCUAAGCCAAAAAUAAAUCUCAACGAGAUCGCUUAUUCUCCGACAAGAACAAAUGACAAAGAAAAAAUUAAGCGGACUGAUAUUUUAGUAACGCACAAUGAAAAUGAGAAUAAUACAAAAAUGAAUGAAGACAUUAAAGUGACCGUUAAUCUCGAUUCUGAAACCGUGGAACCUAAAGCAAUAAACAAUGUGAUAAUCCGGCCUAUAACAGCGGCCGACAAAAGAGAAAAGUUCCAAAAGAGAACAAAUUCCGCAUUCACUUCUAUAUCCAAAGAAUCCCCUUCUACUCGAAGACCACCACUGGUUCGUUCUACUUCAGCUCCUUGCAAACCGGACCAAGCAAAAUCAAAGUUUGUCGCAACGAAGCGAAAAAUUAAAUCUGCUAAAAGAACGCAGUUCAAACCGAAAACGGUUUUCGAUGAAGACAGCGACAAAAGUACAGAAGACAGUCCAAAAGAUCAAAAAGUGAACAAGACUGUCACAAUUGGAUCAGAUAUUGUCACCAUGGUUUCUCUCGUUAGUCCUGACGGUAGUGAUGAGGAGGAGGUGGUUGAGGAAGUCAAAGAAAAGGAGAAAGAAAAAGAGAAGGUGAAACCAAUUAUCUCAUCAAAUAAGAACAGCAAAGAGAAUGAAUUGGUCAAAAACAUGUCUUUAAGAAAAACAGUUAAAUCAGUUUCCUUCCAACAAUCCAGUAUACAUGCCAUUAGAAGUUUUUCAGCCAGUUUUCCAGGCAGACGAGGUUCAGUUGCCACCUCCCUAAUGUUGAACAAAUCAUCACAAUCGGUUCCAAAAAACAACGAAAAAAGGGCCACCAACUCCACAAUGCCUGAUGAUGAUGAGCGCAUGGCGAAACGUCGACUAGUACGAAGUCUUAUCGAGAAAACAGACACAACAAGAUCAGAUGAGGAUUCCAAGUUAACCACUUCCAUUUCCGAGUCCGAAACAGAACUCAACAUAUCAGUGGACAUAAAGACAAAAGAACAUCCUACAGAUUCUGUCAGUGCGGAAAACACUGAUUUUACAAGUGAAGUAAUCGAUCCUUGUCAAUCUUCCACAGAAGAAAUCGUAGAUGACGACAGUCCAAAGUUUGAAUCUACGAAGGAGAAGCAGUGUUGGGAUAUGUAUUGUAAAAUGUCGGAGAAGGGCAUAAAUGUUUCCUACGAUACGAUACUGCGUGGAAUGUUGACCCCGACUGAAUAUCGAAUGCGAAGGAAGGAAAGUAUCACAGCUACCUUCGAUAAUUGCUGAGAACGAAUUGAUUUGCAACCUAUCGCAAUAUAAAAUCUAAAUUGUAGACCGUUGCUGAGAAAUAAUAAUAGAAAUUACAAGUUGCCUAUU